CCUUCAUACUGCUUUCUUUGACACUCAGACGUGACGAGUACCCCAUUACUAGGGCAGCGUCAAUCUCAAGCCAUGUGAGCAAGUGUCCUCUCUUCGCAAAGGUUGGUGUCGGCUGAUAGACGGCGACCAUGAUGCGACGCGACUCGUACAGCAGCUGAGCAGACCACUUAUGCCCACCCAUGCCUCUCCUUCGAUUUACCAACGCUCGAUAUCCACAGCGGGAUAUGCCUAGUCUAUGUAGACUAUAUUUGUCAUAGUAGGGAGUAUAUACCUGUACUAUCUCGUUAUGCACAUUUGUAAGCUACUCAUAAAUCACUUAUCUAACUUCUACCCCUUCAUAUAAAUCACUUCCCUCUAGAUGUCUGAGCAAGACGUUCUCGAUUUAACAUGCCCUGUCAUUCUCCCACCUACCCUUCACCACUAUCAGCAGGGUGAUCAUGGCGGCCGAUGAACGACUCUUCUCGCCACUCAAGCUGGGCAACCUCAACCUCGCCCACCGCGUCGCUCUAGCACCAUUGACCAGAUUCCGCGCCAAUGACCAACAUGUACCCCUAGACAUGGUAGCAGAGUACUACGCCCAACGCGCCUCCACGCCAGGCACACUCCUCAUCGCCGAAGCCACAUUCAUCAGCCCCCGAGCAUCGGGCAUAGCCAACGCCCCCGGGAUCUGGAGCCACCAGCAAAUAUCCGCAUGGAAGAGAGUCACAGACGCCGUCCACGCCAAAGGAUGCUUCAUGAUCCUUCAACUCUGGGCUCUCGGCCGCAAAUGCGAUCCUAAUUUUCUGGCCCGUGCCGAAGGUGGACCAUACCCCGUCGUCAGUGCAAGCGCCGUGCCGGAGCAAGAUGGUUCACCCAUUCCUCGCGAAAUGACACGCGAAGAGGUCAAGCAGUUUAUCGACGACUACGCCACGGCCGCACGGAACGCAAUGCUCGCAGGCUUCGAUGGCGUCGAAAUGCACGGUGCAAACGGCUACCUCAUCGACCAAUUCUUACAGGAAUCGUGUAACAAGCGCACGGACGAGUACGGAGGAAGUAUCGAGAACCGCUCAAGGUUCGGGCUCGAAGUUACGGAAGCUGUCAUCAAAGCCGUCAGCGACAGCAGGAAAGUCGCAAUGCGCUUGUCGCCGUGGUCAUCAACGGACCCGACUGCCACCACUGGCACUGGAAUGAGCACCCAGGACGCCGCUGCUCCAGUCGUGGCGCAGUUCUCGCACAUCAUCUCCGAACUCAAGAAGCUGGAUCUUGCGUAUUUGCAUCUCGUCGAGAGCAGGGUUGCCGGCGGCGAUGCAGGGACCGCUAUUUACCCGGGGUUCACAGGCCGGAAUGAUCCAUUCGUCAAGAUUUGGGGUGCUGAUGGGAACAAGACCCCAAUCGUCCUGGCCGGUGGCUUUACGGCCGAGUCGGCCAGAAAGGUCGUCGGUGAACAUCAUGCGCGGGAAAAUGUGUGCAUUGCCUUUGGAAGGUAUUACAUUAGUACGCCGGAUCUGCCGUUCAGGCUGCGCAAAGGGCUGGCGUUGAACUCUUAUGAUCGCAGCACCUUUUACAAGGUUAUGAGUUCCGAGGGAUAUACCGAUUACCCGUUUAGCGAGGAGUACCUGGCAGCGAAUGGAGGAGGAUCAAAUGGUUCACAUUGAUAGAUAGGAUGAUCCAAGCAAGUGUGCACUCGUACUUGGAGUACGAAUAGAAUUACGAGGUGUGGAGAGCGGACACCCUCUCGCACUUGACCUAGCGCAAGCUUGUUAUCGUAGGGUAUACCCGUGGAAGGAGGUCCACUACCAACAAGGCUUGCUAUCUGGGCCAACGAAUACAUGGUUGGCGCAUCGAGGCCGCAGAAUUGCUUGGA